AUGGGCAGGAUCAUCUUUUACGAGGAGAGGAACUUCCAGGGUCGUUCCUAUGAGACCAGCAGCGACUGUCCCGAGCUGACCUCCUACCUGAGCAGGUGCCAGUCCUGCAGGGUGGAGAGUGGCUGCUUCAUGGUCUAUGACCGCCCCAACUUCAUGGGAAACCAGUUCUUCAUGAGGAGGGGAGAAUACUCUGACUCCAUGAGCAUGAUGGGAUUGAGCGGGGGUAUCAGGUCUUGCCGUAUGAUCCCCAUGCACAGAGGACAGUUCAGGAUGAAGAUCUUUGAGAGGGAGAACUUCUCUGGUCAGAUGCACGAGCUGAUGGAUGACUGCGAAAACAUCAUGGAGCGUUUCCGCAUGUCUGACUGCCAGUCCUGCCAGGUGAUGGAAGGCCACUGGCUCCUGUACGAGCAGCCCCAAUUCAGAGGCAGGAUGAUCUACCUGAGGCCCGGAGAGUACAGGAACCUCAGGGAGAUGGGCAUGAGCAACAUGAGGCUCAUGAGCAUGAGGCGUAUCACUGACAUGUGCUAA